UAUUCAUAUGUGUGUUACACGAGUUGACUUGUAUGUUUCUAAAUAUUACUGUGUAAAGACUGUACAUAAAAAAAUAUAAUAAUUCUUUUGUAAUACAGAUCUACAUUGGGUAAAAUAGAAAUAUUUUUUACGUACAUAACAUAUAUUAAUUAUUUGUAUGACCUUACCGCGUAUGCAUUGUGUUUUUAGCGACAUCUUCUGAAUACGUUGACAAUUCAAAGGUCAAUGGCAUUCACGAGCAAAUAGUUUGAUAAGAGAAAUUCGAUAAAAGUGGAUAGAUUUUUAGUUAUAAUAUUUUCUUAUUAUAAUAUCUUUCAGUUUUUUAUACAUUUCUUUUUUGUUAAAUACGAAAAAUGGAUACUAGUAAAUCGAUAUUGAAACAAUUUUACAAUUGUACAGUUUUACGAGAGGGCAAGAUUAUAAUUGAAGACUUAUGGGUUCGUGAUGGAAAAAUAAUAAAUCCAGAAAAGAUUUUUUACGAUGAAAAAGUUUUACCCGAUUGUAGAAUAGAUUGUCAAGGCGCACUAAUUGCGCCAGGUUACAUAGAUUUACAAAUUAAUGGUGGUUUUGGUAUAGACUUUUCACAUAAUGUUGAGAACGUUGAAGAAGGUAUAAACAAGGUAGCCAAAAAUUUAUUAGCACAUGGCGUUACAUCAUUUUGUCCUACAUUAGUUACAUCUCCUAGUGAUACAUAUUAUAAAGUACUGCCUAAGAUUAAAAAACAAAACGGUGGUAGUCACGGAGCAACCGUUUUAGGUGUUCAUUUAGAAGGUCCUUUUAUAAGCAUUCAUAAAAAAGGUGCUCACCCUGAAGAAUAUAUUAAAGAAUUUGAUUCUGAUUUUAAAUCAUUAAUUGAUAUGUAUGGUACUUUGGAAAACGUUAGUCUUAUUACGUUAGCACCUGAAAUUCAUUCUGCGCCGUCUGUUAUUAAUGAAUUAUGUAGAAGAAAUAUUAAAGUUUCUGUAGGACAUUCUAUUGCCAAUUUAGAAGUGGGGGAAAUAGCAGUAAAUAGUGGGGCCACGUUUAUUACACAUCUUUUCAACGCUAUGUUGCCAUUCCAUCAUCGUGAUCCAGGACUAGUUGGUUUAUUGACAUCUGAUAAAAUACCAUCAGGAAAGAUUGUUCAUUUUGGCAUUAUAGCUGAUGGUGUGCAUACUCAUCCUGCAGCAUUAAGAAUUGCACAUAGAACACAUCCUAAAGGACUCGUUCUUGUAACGGAUGCAAUAUCAGCAUUGGGUUUAAAAGAAGGUGUACAUCGACUAGGUCAGUUUGAUAUAGAAAUACGUAAAGGGCAUGCUUAUAUUACUGGCACCAAUACUCUUUGUGGUAGUAUAACUGAAAUGUCUGAAUGUGUACGUAUUUUUAAGGAGGCAACAGGCUGCUCUGUAGUUGAAGCCUUAGAAGCUGCAACCUUGCAUCCAGCAAGAACGUUGAACAUUGAAUCUAAAAAAGGUGUAUUAAAUUUUGAUGCUGAUGCUGAUUUUGUUUUAUUAGAUGAUAAUCUUGAAAUUUUAUCUACAUGGAUAUCAGGAGAUUGUGUUUAUACUAAAUGCAAGUGUACCUUGCAAUCUUCAUGAACUAUAUUUUAACGUUUUGACAAGGUGAGAAUAUUGAAACAGACAAUAUUUAAAAUUUUAAAUAAUACCUUAUCAUAUAUUAUUUAAUAGCUUCAGAUUUUAUGCCUAUCAUGUUAAACAACAUGUACUUAUUCGUUACUUAAUUACAUUUUAUAUAUUUUAUAUAUCUCUUAAUAUCAAUUUCUUACGAGGAUUGUAUAUAUAUAAUAAUUAUUAAAUACUAUUUGUUUUUUUAAUCUGUGGUGUAGCAUAUGUCUGCACAAAUCUAAUGUUUUAGUAUUAUAUUGCUGUGCAGUUUAUAUUUAAAAAAAAUAAUGCGAGUGAAAUAAUUAUUUGCAAUUUAUUGUAUAAUGUUUUAUUUUUAAAACAGUAUUUAUAUAUUGCAUUUAUGAUUGUGAUCAUUUGUUAUAUAAUUUUAAAUUGAUAUAAAUAUAGAAGUUAAUUUUAAAAACAAAAUAUUGUUUGCAUAAAGCAUAUGUGAGCAUGUUAAUGUAUAAAAACAUAUAUAAUAUAUUUUUAUAAUUUGAUAAAGUUAGACUGAAAUACUUUUUAUACGAAAAUUAUUCUGUAAUUCAUGAAACAUGAAGGUAUAUAAUAUAUAUGUGUAAUAAAAUUAUUUUUAUAGUUUAAAAAUAAGAUAAUAUAUCCAUCGUUUGAAUUAUAAUUAAUAAACCACAUCUUUCAAGUUGCAAAUAUAA